AUGUCGAAUUUGAUAGGAUUACAAGGGUAUACCAUGCAUGGUGCCUUUCACACUAAUGGAUUUGGUCAUUUACUGUGCAUUAAUGGGUUGGAGAUGGGCUCGGACUUGGCUGGUUACCAAUUCAUGGAAUUUUGGGAUCGUCUUUGCACUGGAUUAGGAGCGAUGAAAGCGAGGUUUAAGGAUAUAUCACAGAAGAAAGGCAUGGAUCUAAGCCUACUUCAUGCUGUGGCCUAUGGUGAUUUGCUUCAUUUCAUGUUAGAGUUAAAAUUUCAAUUACCAAAGGACGGCAAUAACUCGUAUAGUUCCCAGCAUCCAGGACUCAUGUUGUCAGACACAUCUUGUAGAUGGUCCCCUAAGUGCGUUGAAAAGGCGAUCCAAGUAGUGAUUCAAGCUAUAAAGAGAGCCGAAUUAAGGUGGGUUUCUAGGGUUCUUCAUGCGCUACGACGUGCACCUUACAUUGGUGACACAGGUUUAUUGGAUUUUGUUCUCAAGUCAUUAGGAAACCACGUAGUGGGUAAGUAUCUCGUUCCUUGCAGCUUAAAUCCUGUAACAAAAGUUUUGGAAGACUGUUUGGAUGAUAUUUCGCCUGAGUUUCCCAAACAAGAAGAGCUCUUGAUGAUGAAUAAUGAAGCGAAAUUGAAGCCUCAGCAAAGAGUUACUUGGGUUCAACUUUUGAAAUUGAAGGAUAUACUCGUACAAAAAUAUCCUUACAGAGCACAAGGAAAUGACUAA